AUGGUUAAGGAAACCGCGUUCUACGACUGCCUUGGGGUUCCCCCCACGGCGACUGAGUCCCAGUUGAAGACCGCCUACAAGAAGGGUGCUCUGAAGUAUCACCCUGACAAGAACGCCGACAACCCCGAGGCCGCAGAGAAAUUUAAGGAAUUAUCGCACGCCUACGAGAUUCUCUCCGACCCCCAGAAGCGCCAGAUCUACGACCAAUAUGGUGAGGAAGGCCUGGAGGGUGGCGCCGGCGGCCCUGGAAUGAACGCCGAGGACAUCUUCUCCCAGUUCUUCGGCGGCGGUGGUGGCUUCGGUGGAAUGUUCGGCGGUGGCAUGCGCGACACUGGCCCCAAGAAGGCCCGCACCAUCCACCAUGUGCAUAAGGUUAACUUGGAGGAUAUCUACCGGGGCAAGGUCUCCAAGCUGGCUCUGCAGAAGUCCGUUAUCUGCGGUGGCUGCGAUGGCCGCGGUGGUAAGGAGGGCGCUGUCAAGGAGUGCUCUGGCUGCAACGGUAGUGGUAUGAAGACCAUGAUGCGCCAGAUGGGUCCCAUGAUCCAGCGCUUCCAGACCGUCUGCCCCGACUGCAACGGUGAGGGCGAGAUUAUCCGCGACAAGGACCGAUGCAAGAAGUGUAACGGCAAGAAGACUGUGGUGGAGCGCAAGGUUCUGCACGUCCACGUCGACAAGGGUGUUCGUGACGGCCACAAGAUUGAGUUCCGCGGCGAGGGUGACCAGAUGCCUGGUGUCAUGCCUGGUGAUGUUGUCUUCGAGAUUGAGCAGAAGCCCCACCCCCGCUUCUCGCGCAAGGGCGACGACCUGUUCUACCAUGCCAAGAUUGACCUUCUGACCGCGCUUGGCGGCGGUACCAUUCACGUUGAGCACCUCGAUGACCGGUGGUUGACCGUUAACAUCGCCCCUGGCGAGGUUAUCACUCCUGACCUUAUCAAGGUCAUUCCCGGCCAGGGUAUGCCCUCUUUCCGCCACCACGACCACGGCAACCUCUACAUCAAGUUCGAGGUUGUGUUCCCCGAGCGUGACCAGCUCAGCAACCUUGAGCUCCUCGAGAAGGUCCUGCCUCCCCGCAUGGAGCAGGCCCAGCCCCCGGCCGACGCUAUGGUCGAGGACUUCGAGCUGGAGGACAUUGACGGCAGCGGGGCCUCGCAGGCCCGUGCUCAGGGCGUGGCCGGUGGCAUGGAUGAGGAUGAUGAUGACGUUCCUCCCGGUGCUGAGCGCGUGCAGUGCGCCUCGCAGUAA